CUUGUUAGAUUUUGCUGAAGUGAUUUUGUGUUAGUUUAUUAGUAAUUACAGUUGUUUCUGAAUUUAUCUAUACCCUAAUUUAUUUUCUUGCUUAAUCUGUGAUGUUAAAGAACUAGUCUCCAAAUAUGGUUAAAUUAAUUAAAAUCAACUCAACACUGUAUAACCUAUAAUGUCUUUUGGAAAUUUUACCAAAAAGUUCUCAACUCUUCAAAUUCUGGCAUUGAUGCUUCAGAGUCAUAAGACUUGUACUGAAAAUCUGCUUUUAGGCUCAUUGUGGCUUAAAAUCUUAUCUUUUAAUGGCCUGUGAAAGAAACUAAUUAAGUUGUUAAUUGAUGGUUAUGAUCAAUGUCAAUACAAGAUGAACUGAUAUUGACUUGAACACAUGUUAGAACCAUUCAUUUAGUUUAUAAAAUGCAUACAGAGUUUGUAGUUAGUAAGUAACAGAAGUUUUCAACUUUAAAACUCUUGGGGUAGUGGAUCCCACUCACAAUUGUGUGGAUUGUACGUAAUUUACUAAAAUGACAGAAAAUGGACCCUUGAUUUGUUUGCUGUGAAAACUCUUCUUUGACAGAAAAAAAAUAAAACCAAUGAAAGUGGUGUUCGGAAUCAUUAAGAGUUAAUUAACUUUGUUAACUGAUUAGUUUAGCAGUGGUAAGUUACCACUCGUUACCCAUUGUAACUAACUCUAGUUACUCUUAUCUCAGCUCUAUAAAUAUGUAGAGUCUUCUUUGUAAUGAUUCAACACUUCAAAAAUACAUUCUCAUCUUUCAUAUACUGUCAUUCUUAUUUUCUUUCACAAGUGGCCCAUCUUAUCAUAAACUAGUGCAAUACAACAUUUUUCUAUACAUCCUGGGUUACUAUUUUGUUGCUUCUUUAGUUUUGUGCCUUGAUCCCAUCUGUUAGGUUGUUUGACUCAAGAAGAAUAGCUCAAAUGGUUAGACUGUUGGGGAAAGUAGCAUUGGUCACAGGCGGAGCCACGGGUAUUGGAGAGAGCAUUGUUCGUCUAUUCCACAAACAUGGUGCAAAAGUCUGUUUCGUCGAUAUCCAAGACAACCUUGGGCAGCGAGUUUGUGAAUCACUCGGGGGCGAUCCCAAUGCCUGCUAUUUCCAUUGCGAUGUUACAAAAGAAGAUGAUGUUAGCCGCGCCGUUGAUUUCACGGUUGACAAGUUUGGAACUCUUGACAUCAUGGUCAACAAUGCUGGCAUCUCAGGCUCGCCUUGCAAGGACAUACGCAACGCAGACUUAAAAGAGUUUGAGAAGGUGUUCGACAUAAAUGUUAAGGGAGUUUUUCUAGGAAUGAAGCACGCCUCUAGGAUAAUGAUCCCAAAAAAGAAAGGCAGCAUAGUUUCUCUGUGUAGUGUAGCAAGUGUACUUGGGGGAAUUGGCCCUCAUCCUUAUACAGGCUCUAAGUAUGCUGUUUUGGGGCUAACCAAGAAUGUUGCUGCCGAGUUGGGAAUUCAUGGCAUACGAGUCAACUGCGUUUCGCCUUAUACCACUCCAACAAACUUGGCUCUGUCCCAUUUGCCUGAGGAAGAGAGAACCGAGGAUGCUUGGACAGGCUUUCGUGACUUCGCUAGACAAAAUGCGAAUCUGCAGGGCGCAGAAUUGACAGUUGAGGAUGUCGCUAAUGCUGUGCUUUUCUUGGCGAGUGAUGAAGCAAGGUACAUUAGUGGGGAUAAUCUCAUGAUUGAUGGGGGAUUCACUAGUGUGAAUCAUUCAUUUAGAGUCUUCAGAUGAAGAAAAAUGUUGGUAUCCUGGAUUGCAUAGGUUGAUUGGAUUGGAUGGCCAUUUUGGAAUGUUAGAUUUCAUCCAAUUUUAAACCAAGGGUGAUAGGUCUUAAAACCUUGGAUCUGAAUCAAGUUCUGUUUGAACUUUGCAUUAUAUGUGAAAAAUAAAUUGAUUCA